AUGGCAAUUUUAUCACCGUCAACAGUUUUUGGACAAAUUCGAGAUCUUACUUCUACUAUUACGAAUCUUUUAACUUUAUUAAUUUCAUUAAGUUUUCUAUGUAUUGUAUUAUAUAAAUUUUUUCAUUUUAAUAGUUUACAAAGAAAAAAAUUCUUUCAAGAAACAAGUAUACUUCUAUCAUUGAAUACACUUUUUAUACUUAUUAUACGAAGUAUAUUACAAUUUAUUGAAAUUGAUUUAAAUACAAUUAAACGAAAUUAUUUAUCAAUUACAGAAUUUAUUGAUUCAUUUCAAUGUCGAUUUCUUGGUUAUAUACUUUUAUCAAUACAUAAUAGUUUAUAUUGGAGUUUUGCAAUUAAAUCUAUAUAUCGUUUUACACGAGUUAUUUUUCCCUAUCGUAAAUGGUUACACCAAUCAACUACAUAUUUAUAUAUAUUUAUUCCAAUGGAUUUUCUACUUGGAUUUCUUACGACAUUUCCAAUAUUCAUUGGUUUUAAUGCAAUAUAUUUAUUACCUAAUGAACCUUAUUGUACGGCAUCUUACAUGAAACUUGCCUCAUUAAUAUACAUGCCUAUUGUAGCCUUUGUUUUACCAUUAUCGAUUAUUUCUAUAUGUUAUAUGAGUAUUAUUUUGAAAAUGCGUGGUAUAACAACGAUAGCUUAUCAGCAAAGAAAUCGACGAGAUUUUAUUGUUAUUCAGCGUAUUAUAAUAAUUAUAGUUAUUUUAAGUAUAGUAUCUCUUCCAUUAUUUAUUGAUUUAUUUGUCUAUUUACCAAAAGGUUAUAUAGAUCCUAAUAUGAACUCUAUUGGUUGGGUUGCAUCAAGUAUUGAUGCUGUUAUACUUGCAAUUAGUUUACCAUUUAUUGAUCCAAAAAUGCAUCAAUUAUUUAAAAACAGAAAUAUUGUAGAGACUCAAAUGUAA